CACAUUAAAACGGUUAUUAAACAAGUGUGUUAGAAAUUUUAUUAAAUAAUGACAAAAACCAUACCCCUGCCUCAGUGGUUGAACGCUGAACUUUUUCUAAGUGUAUUGGAAAAAAAUGUCGAAAAUUUUGAAAAAAUACAAACAUUUUCAGCUAAACCAGCAUUUGCAGCGGGAGAAAAUUAUUUAUCUACCUUAUGGUCCAUAGAAAUUGAGGCAACAUUAAAAGAUGGUUCCCUAAAAAUGCUCAAAUAUAUGUUGAAAGUACCUCCCGAGUCACCGCAAGCCAUGGCUAUAGUCACUAUGCUAAAUUCCUUUAAACGUGAAAUGAUUGCCUAUUAUGAACUUUUGCCAGCUUUUGAAGAAAUGUAUAUGAAACAGGGUCACAAGGUACAUAUUGCACCAAAAGCUUUUAAAUUCGAUAAAGAUUUAGGCAUGGAUGUCAUUUUAAUGGAGGAUAUACGUGUAAAUGGUUUUAAAACUAUGAAUCGCUUAGAGGGUCUCGAUAUGGAACACACAAAAUGCGCCCUACAAAAACUGGCACAAUUUCAUGCUGCCUCUGCUACGUAUAUAGCUGAAAAGGGCGGUUUACCAGAGCUGCUAAUGAAGCCAAUGCUCAAUGAGGAAAUGUUAAAAAUGUUGGCCCAGUCCCAGAAGCCACAAGAAGCUAAAUUAUUGGAAAAUUUACAUCUUUAUAAAGCACAACAUUUAAGAGAGAAAAUCAUCAAUUAUCAAACCAAAUAUAUUGAACAAAUUCAUGAGAGUGAUAAUACCAGUACCCAAAAUCCAGAUGGUUUUUAUAUAUUCAGUCAUGGCGACUGUUGGUCCAAUAACAUAAUGUUUGUACACAUGUAUAACAAGGAUCGUGUAACUGAAACUUUAUUUGUGGAUUUUCAGGCAGGUCGUUUUGUUACCCCAGCUUUGGAUUUACAAUAUUUUUUGCUAUCAUGUCCUUGUUUAGAUAUAAAAAUCAAAUAUUUUGAUUAUUUUGUUCAACAUUAUCAUCAAGAAUUAGUAAAACAUUUAAAUAUACUAAACUAUGCUAAAGCUGUGCCAUCUUUAACGGAAGUUCACAAAUGGAUCUACAAAACUAGUUUUAUCGGCUAUACUGUGAUAUUAAAAUCUUUACCCGUUUUCUUAUUGGAUCCCACAACUACAAACGAUAUUUCUAUGGAUAAUAUGAUGGGUGAUAAAUCGAGUGGUAGCGAUAUGCAACACGCUAUGUAUACAAAUGAACGUUAUAUCAAACAUAUGCAACAAAUUUUACCUUGGAUGGAAAAUCGCGGCUAUUUUGAGUAAAGAAAGUGGAAUUUUUUUGGUAACCUCUUUGUAUUAGUCAUUAUAUUAUCUAGAGUAUUAUUUUGUUUUAUGUUAUCUUAAUUAUAUUUAUAUUUUUUUUGCACUUAGACUAACUACUUAAUAAACAAAAGUUGUAUAAUUGUUUUAAA